AUGAUGAGAAGCAAAAAGAAAAAUCAUGUGAAAUUGGACAAAUUACUGACACAUCAAAUCGAGGACCAAAUGCAAGCUCUGGUGAAGGCGACAAGAAAACUGCAGAAACAGUUCACAGAUGUAACGAAAGUGAUGAUGAAGGGUCUUCUGUAGAUUAUCCUCAGGUAGCCUCAUCUGCCGAGAAAUCACAAGCUUCAGAGUCUGAGGCUCUGAGUGGGAAGUCUAGCAAUGAGGAUUCAGGUCUGGUCUCUGAAACAAGCCCUGAGGUUCUGAGUGGGGAGCCCACCACCAAGGAUUCAGGUCUAGUCUCUGAAACAAGCCCUGAGGUUCUGAGUGGGAAGCCCAGCAUCAAAGAUUCAGGUCUAACCUCUGAAACAAGCUCUGAUGUAGAGUUGAGUGUAGGGCAGACAAAUAAAGAGCAGCAUACGGUUUCAACAACUGCAAAUUCCAGUGAUGACGUGAAAGCUGAAAAUAUUGUACAGACAUCAUCUCAAAAUGUGAUUGCCUAUGACAGUACAUCUACCGCAGAGGACUCACUGAAACAAAAGAGUGAUUGCUCUGAAAACAUCUCUCUAGUGAAAAAUCAAUUAAAAUCUGAAAUCAGUGUGGAAGAUAAUGUCUUUGAUGAGGGAACAAAGACACAGUCCUCAGAAAUUGCACCCAACAAUACUGAACCAAAUAAUCUCAAGUCAGCGGGCAGAGAACCUGCUUCUGGUGCUCAGCAAAACAAGGUAGAAACAGAAGCACAUGAAGAAGAGAGACCAGUUCGAGAAAUGCUGGUCAGAAGAUCACGCACAGAGAGUACAGACAGCAACUCAGACAGACCAGUGGUGGAGCAUUUGACAUUCAGUGUUGCUAAAAACAUUGAAACCAUUAAAGAUGAGGAGACGAAGGCUAAUGAUAUGUGUGAGUGUUUGCUUUGCGAUCGUGCCUAUCCUGCCUACAACAAAGAAGACGUCCUGGCUCAUAUGGUGUUGAUGCAUAAGUUUGUCAUUGCAGAUGUCAAUUUCAUUGGCAUUUUUACAGAAUACAUGAGAUAUUGGAAGAAGAGGUUUGAAGAGAAACCCUACUCUGAAUUCUGCUCUAAAAUCGUGACAAAUGCUAGCGUGAAAGACGAUGCCUCAAAAGAAGAGUUUUUCCUUCUGUGUGAUGCUCUGCCAGAAGACAAAGCUCUCAGAGAAGAUCUCCAGAGGAAAAAGCUGGAAUCGGUUUUGGCACAGCAGCAGAAAGAGCGUGAGGAGACCAAGUUUUGCCGUCAAUGCCUGUUCUGUACUCAGACCUUUUGUGGCAACAGAGCCGUACUUCUUGACCAUUUGGUCCGAGAUCAUAGCUUCCAUGUUGGCCAGCCAGACAACCUUGUUUUCACUGAUGAACUAUUUGAUCUAAUUCAGUCGAAGCUUGACAGUCUGCUGUGUCUGUUCUGUGAGAAAGCAUUCAAGGACAAGCCAAGCCUGAGAGAGCACAUGAGGAAGAAGCAGCAUCGCAAGAUCAACCCCAAGCACAAGGAAUAUGACAGAUUCUAUAUUGUCAACUACAUG